AUGACAGGUAUUAUCCAAAAAUUAAGAAGAAAGCGAAAGCUCUCUUCGGAGCUGCACUCCCGCUGGGGUGAUGUGGCUAUCACGUAUCCCAAUGCCGGCUCCUGGAGUCAAUACGAGCAAUCGCCUGUUGGAACACCCAAUUCGAUACCCGUUAAAAUGUUAGAUCACUGUCGACGACAUGGUUCCCUUGAUUCGCUCGAUCACCAUGGCCACGCAUCUACUCUACCUUCGGGCAACUUCAAAGAGCGGACAUCAUCCACUGAUUCGGCCAUGACUAUGCCAACGGGACACUACGACGCAAAGCUACGAGGGCGAUCGAAGAAAAAGGCACCCCCUCCAAGUCCUAUAGUAGGACAUAAAGCCCAUCCCACAGUGAGGGAUGGUUUUGACGAAUCUUCCACUGAUGAGGAAGAGGAUUCCAUAUCCGGUCUUAACAGUCCAAAGGGGCGAUAUCCACGGGACAGGUCUCGCACGAAAUCCGGCGAGGAAAGCGGAACCUAUUCACGCGCGUCCAAAUCACCGCCGCUGUCGGUCACAUCACGAAUGCGCCACUUCAGUUUACAGAGUACUACAACCGAUCCGACAGCAUCUAUACCAGCUACAUCGAGUUCGAGACAUACCAGUUAUACGUCGUCUAUCCCUUCAGUGCCGUCUGAGGACCCUCGGCUGGGACACCGACCAAGUCCUCGUGAUACUAAACUUAUGCAUCGGCCGAAGCCUGCACCGGUUGCAGAACAGGAGUUGGUUCCGUCGUACGAUGAUCUUUACGGAUAG